GUUUGUUAAUUUAACGAAUGUCUAAGUGGUUAGAUUUAAGCCUAACUUGUACGCAACUAAACCUCAAUCAGAGUGUUGGCAACACGUGCAGCAAUCGUAGUCCCAUGAAUCUGAUUGUGGAUCUUUACAAGAAUUCACGUUAUGGACAAUUGUAUUUGGGAAACAUCAAUGCGGCCAAUGACAUCAAAUACCUGCGAGAACACUCCAUCAAUGCCAUUGUGGCUGUGAUCGACACAAGUGAAAUCCGAGUUGAUCCAUCAAUGACUCGAUUAUGGAUAAUGGCCGAAGACGCAGUCAACUUCGACCUCUAUCGUUACUUCGAUGAAUGCGCCAACUUCAUAAGAGAUCACAUCAAGAACACCAAUGUAUUCGUUCAUUGUUAUGCUGGUAUCUCCAGAUCUGCCUCUAUUGUGAUUGCAUACAUGAUCAAACAUUUGGGUUACUCCCUCAAAGAGGCACUCAAGAAAGUCAAGGGAGCAAGAUCAAUAGUCGAGCCGAAUUCAGGUUUCAUGAAACAACUAUAGGAUUACGAAUACAAAUAGAAUCUCAAUUCCCAUCAAGGAACGAGAAAUGGAGCCUCCUUCCAUUCAAAUCCCAGAGGAUCAGUUACGUCUGCUAGCAAAGGGUCAUUGCACAGUGCGAAACCAUCUUUUUUGGAUAGAAUGUCUUCUGGAUAUAAAGAGACCAAGCGAGAAUCUGAAAGUCCUUCAGUGAGUCAAUUUUAUGUAAAUGGGAGUGCAAAACAGACAAAUACUAAUAAUAAUCCUAAAAGUUUUUUUAAGCAAGGAAGUGUGGGAAGUCUCUUAAAAUAAACCAAUAAUGAUGACUUCUUCAGAAGAUAUUAAAAGCAAAAGAAUGUCGAGAAUAUUUGGAAUCAAGGGAUGAGUGGUCAUCACAAAUCAGCCAUUGAAAUCAAAUCAGACAAAAUUGAACAAGUAAAAUUGACUCUUUAAACCUUUGGUGUCAAGAAUGUUUUUAGCGGAUCAAAUAAUAAUGGGUUACAUUUUCAUCACAAAGGAUUGUCUUAAGGUUGA